AAUAGGGUGCUGCUGGUACGCAUCUUUGGUUUCGACUCUGGAUGGUGGUCUCAUCCCAUGCAUGCAUAGAACUGCAGUACGGCAUGGGUAGCGGCUUACACCGGAAGGCGGCAAGACGGCGGUCGAUGGGUUGUCAUGAGGCAGGUCAAAUUGACCAUUGUCCCAUAUCGCACCAGCAAUGCUACAUUCAAACACUUGGUCCAUCUCGUUGCAUUGGCCUAAUGUGGUAGGUAACAAGCAUUUGCAAUCUGCAAAUCCCGUCGGCAGAGUUCAGCAUUGCGGCACUCAAGCAUUUGACGCUACUCUCCCCAAGCCUUGGCAACUCAAACGGGCAAAUCAGAGAGUGUUUGUUCAUCAGCGGGCUAGCCUAUCAGAAAACGGCCAUGCAGGGUUAACCACGAGCAAGGGAUCGGCUGUUGACGCCAUCUCUGCCAAGGUAUUCUACACGGGUCUUGGCUCCCACCUGGUGCUUGCGACCUUCUCGUUUGGAAGCAGUGCAAUUGCAAAUACUAUGAUACUGUGUUUUCUUUCGGCUUAUCUAGCGGGGUAUGUUCGAGAUCGAAACUCUCGGGACGUUGCCGUUGAAGGCAGGCGGCGGCGCGGUAGGGUGCUGAGAUGUCUCCUUGUAUGGCGCGAUUCUUGGCAGCACGUUCGGAAUUGAAUAAUCCCGGGCCAAAAUUCUAGGUCUUGGUUAACUUAGGAUUCGGCCCGGUUCCUAGACUGUGGCAAAUGGAGUGAGCCAGGCCGGUAGAGGGCAAGAUUUAGAUUCUUGGGUAGGGUUUGGGGAAGACGGCAUUAGUGGAAAGUAUAUCACGACAACCUCUCGGGUCUACGGAUCGCUAAGAAUCUUGGUUUAGACUAUAUCAGAUUGGACUAUAGAUUAUUAUUAUUAAAUACGCCGUAGGCUCGAAGCCCCCG